UUUCUUAUUCAUUCUCUCUCUCUAAAAUUUCCAACAAACUCAAAAAUCCAGUUUCGUCUUCCACCAUCGACUUCAAUAAUCACUCAUUUCACUGUAAUUUUGUUUAUUUACUGAUUGGAGAAAACACGAUUCCGAACACGAUCCCGCUAUUUCCUUCUUCUCUUACACCCCUCCACAGACCUUUCCUCACUCCAAUUUUUUUUCGCCUGUAAACUUCAAGAUUCUCUUUUUUUUUUUCACCCAAGGUGCAAGAGAGGGAAAAAUCUUUGAUGCUGAAUGUGAAUUCGAGCCGUUUGAAUAAUUGGGAUGACUUCUAUGAUGGAUGAUAAUAUGAACUUGCUCCAUCAGGCUCAGAGGCUUAAUAACAACAGUCUCGUAGUUCGUGAAAUCGGCGAGGAAAUCGAUUUGGAAAUCGGUCCAGAAGAGGACGAACAAUCUUUCGCGCACCACACUCUCCUCGAUGUCCACACACACGAGUCUUCCCCGGUCAAAGAUCACCCCGAAAACUCGAACUCGCAUAUGAUCGGCUCUCAGCUUCUGAGCGACGAUCAAGAUUUGUCCAAGGGGCAAACUGGGAAAAGGAAGAAGAAAGUUGUUAAGAGAUGGAGGGAGGAGUGGGCCGAGACGUAUAAGUGGGCUUACGUCGAUGUGAAAGACGGGACCGCGAGAAUAUUCUGUUCCGUGUGUAGAGAGUACGGUAGGAAGCAUAGAAGAAACCCGUACGGUAACGAAGGGAGUCGGAAUAUGCAGAUGAGUGCGUUGGAGGAGCAUAAUAAUAGCUUGCUUCAUAAAGAGGCUCUUCGUUUGCAGCAAGCUUCUAAGGAGAAGCUAAUUGUUGAUAAACCGAUUUACGUCAAAGCUCUAAUGUCGAAAUCGGCUGGAUCGAUUGUUGAAGCUGCAUUGAGAAGAGAUCCGCACGAAGCCGAAUUCAUACAGUCUGUUCAAGAAGUUGUUCACGCUUUGGAAAGAGUUAUCUCGAAAAAUUCCAACUAUGUAAAUACCAUGGAGCGAUUAUUAGAACCCGAACGGACAAUUAUAUUUAGGGUUCCGUGGGUGGACGAUAGGGGCGAAAUGAAUGUGAAUCGAGGAUUUAGGGUUCAUUUUAACCAGACACUUGGUCCAUGCAGGGGUGGUCUUCGUUUUCAUCCAUCGAUGAAUUUGAGCGUUGCUAAGUUUCUUAGUUUUCAGCAGACGUUAAGAAAUGCUCUAUCACCGUACAGGCUCGGAGGCUCUUCGGGAGGGAGUGAUUUCGAUCCCAAGGGCAAAAGUGACAACGAGAUCAUGAAAUUUUGCCAAAGCUUCAUGAACGAGCUGUACCGCUAUUUGGGUUCCGACAAGGAUCUUCCUUCGGAGGAAAUGGGCGUUGGCACUCGUGAAAUGGGCUACUUAUACGGACAAUAUAGACGUUUGACUGGUCAUUCUCAGGGAAGUUUUACCGGGCCGAGAAUAAGUUGGUCUGGCUUGAGCCUCCGUACCGAAGCUACUGGCUAUGGAUUGGUUUUCUUCGCCCAACUUAUGCUUAUGGACAUGAAUAAAGAACUAAAAGGACUAAGAUGUGCAGUCAGUGGUUCCGGAAAGGUAUCGAUGCACGUCCUAGAGAAGCUUCUUGCUUACGGUGCUCUUCCCAUUACAGUUUCAGAUUCAAAGGGUUAUUUGGUGGACGAGGACGGAUUUGAUUUCAUGAAAAUAUCUUUUCUGAGAGAAAUUAAAUCCCAGAAUAGAAGUUUGAGAGACUAUUCGAAAACUUACGCCCGUUCGAAGUACUACGACGAAGCAAAGCCUUGGAGCGAAAGAUCUGACGUGGCAUUCCCUUGUGCCUCUCAGAACGAGAUCGACCAAUCCGAUGCCAUCAAUUUAGUCAACUCCGGUUGUCGUAUAAUUGUAGAAGGCUCGAAUAUGCCUUGUACGCAUGAAGCGGUUGAUGUCUUAAGGAAGGCCAAUGUUUUCGUUGCUCCGUCAAUGGCUGCCGGUCUAGGAGGGGUAGUAGCCGGGGAACUCGAACUUAAAGAGUGUAAUUUAAGUUGGUCUCCCGAAGAUUUCGAAUCCAAAUUACAGGAGGCGAUGAAGCAAACGUACCAAAGAGCACUCAAAGCAGCAGCUGAUUUUGGUUACCCGAAAGAGAGUCCCGAGGCUUUGGUGCAUGGAGCAGCCAUAUCAGCUUUUCUGACAAUUGCAAGUAGUAUGGCCGAUCAAGGGUGCGCGUAAACCAAUGAUAUAUAUCGUUAAUAAGAUGCUUCUAGAAGUUUAUACAUUGAAAAUUGAACUCGAGAAUGCAGUUUUCGAGUGCUAGAGGGAUGCUUUAGAAAUUGUGGUUUUUAGCUAUGUAGACAAAAUUUUGCUUCAUUAAGGUGUGAUUAGUCAACAAUUGAAACAAAAUCUAUUCAUAUUCUGAUUGCUUGUAAUACAAUUUAAAUAAGCUCGAGUUUUAAUAAUACUGUUUCGACUUCAAACG